CAGAAGAUGAAAUAAAAAAACAAAAUAUUUUUAAUUGCACUGAUUUGAUUAGAGGUUUUCAGUUAAAAGGAACUUAAGGGUCCAAUGUUAAAUUUUUAAGUGUUUAGCUUUCGUUUUUAAUUUAUUUAUUAAAAUUUAUCUUGGGAAGUUCGUUCCGAAAUUUGAAAGUUUUGAUUUGUUUGAACCAUGGCCCCCGCUGGUAAACAUUCUGCAAAAUGGGAUGACUUGCGAAGCGAAUCCGAGUGCACAGAAUACACCGACAGUGCUCCAAACCGGGCGUAUGGCGAUAAAUCCCAAGAUCCUUUGCCGAAACAGCCACCAAUGCCCCAUUCAAUGGAAACUCACCGAGCUAAAAUGAACCAGAAAGCAGGGCAUAAGAUGCAUCUACGCCCUGCAGAACUUACGGAAACAAUGGUGUGCGUCUUAGCACGUCUUUAUCGGUUUAUGUUCUCGAUAAUGCUGGAAGGGAAUACAACGUGCCCAUUUUGUCGGGAAAGAGAAAAUACUAAGAAGAAGGAAGGUAAGAAGAAUGAUGAAUCCAAAACCGAGAAGGAUAAAGAAGUAGAAGAAAAAGGUAAAAAGGAGCCAGAGAAGCAGAGUAGUGAACACAUGGUGCAACAUUAUAAGGAAGAUAUAAGCAAAAUGGCGAGGAAGAAUGAUCCCGUCGCGAAUAUUCGUCAAAUUAAUAAUAUUAUCACAAGAGACCAUCAAAGGAAAGAUAUUUUAAAGAAAAAUGAAGAGAAGAAACAGGAUAUUUGUGAUGAAAAAAAACAUGAAAAAAUUAAACCUGUUCCCAUCAGCUACUCAAAAAGAAAGGAUCUGCAAGAUAAGCCAAAUGAAACAAUCGAACAUGCAGUACGUUGUAGAUUUUGCCAAGCCUUUGAAAAUAUUCGAGAUAAAAGAGAUACCCCUAUCAAAUAUUUGGGUGAUUCCCAUCAGAAGCAUAGGAAAUCUGCGACUUCAGGAUAUGUACGGAAGGUAGUGGAGGAUUCCGGUACUUCUGUCGACGACGAAUUCAAUAUUAAGGAAACAGUUGCGGUUGUUAGAAAGAACGAUAAAAUUAAGCCUCAACCAAUAAGUUAUACGGAUAGAAAGAGAUCGGAAAACCAAGCAUUCAAUAAAGUUAACCCUGAGUCACGAUGUCGAUUUUGUGAGUCAGUCAGCAACUUAAACCAGGGCAAGGAUCCUGGAAAAGUACACUCGGACCUAUUGAACAAGGACAAAAUAUCAAGACAAGAUGAAGAUGUGCGAAAAAGGACACAGGACUUACAAAGUGUCUCUGAAGAUGAAAAUAGCACUACAAAACAUAAUUUUGAAAAGGACCUGGUGAAACCUGUAAAUUAUUCGAAAUCAAAUAAACUGGAAGGGGCUCAGCCUAUUUCGCAUUGCCAUUUUUGUGAUUCAUCCGACGAUGUUAAAAGUAGAAAGGAGACUGGAUCAGCAUUCGUUCAGCCUGUGAAUCAAAAGCACAAGGUUUGUUCAAACCAGUCUUCAGUGGGUCAGUUGCUGAAGAGCGAUAACGACUCAGAUGCCUUUGUUCCCUAUAAAGAAUCUUUAAUGAACGUUGAAUUGUUGAGUGUCCGCGAAUCCAUGUACGAAAGCAGGACUGGACAGCAAAGUCAUCAGGAUAUGAAAAAAAAAAUGGGGAGUAAUGAACGAAAAAGAUACCUUUCAGGGCAAGAACAAUUUCCAUGUACACUAAACGUCAACGAGGGAGUCGAUAAAAACUUCAUGAAAAGAGAUUUUGCAGCGGAACAACUGGAGAAGAAAACGUUAAGAACAUUUUCCCGAGCUCAGUUGGAGCAAAUAAAGAAUGUUUCGCCAACAAGAGCGGCAUUCAAUAAAAACGAGAAACCAAUGAAGGCGAAGUUAGCGGGAGACGGAGCUAAUCCUGACACGGAUGCAAGUCGGUGUUUCGCAGGCGCUGCUGUAUAUGAAAGUGAACUUCUGCCGGUCGGUUACGAUGAAGUUUGCGAAGAAUAUUUGGGUACUUCGGUCCAGAAUAACUACUUCAGUUACCAAACGACCCGUGGAAACUUCUUGGAUUACCAACCCAAGGGAUGUUUUUAUAAUGAAAACAUUUAUGGGCAUGAUUUCCAAGCUAAGUCAUUCGGAAGUUAUAACUGGAGCUGAAGAUUGGGGUAUUGGAACAAAUAAAUUACUUUCUGGGAUGAAAGAAUGUGUCCAGCGAGAUUCGUAUUGUGUGGCUUUUAAAUUUUCAAUUUCAUUUGAAGAAUAUUUUUUUUAAAUACUUGAAUUGUAACGAUGGUCUACAUUUUACAUUUUAAUAUGGACUUGAUUUAAAUCUAAAUGUUUAAU